AUGGACGACCCUGGAAUACUUCUUCUUAUGACGGCUUCUGUUGCAAUGCGCAACGUUUGCGCUCCGCACACUCCGCCCUGCCUGCGAUUCGUCCGAAUGGGUUCUAAGACGAGACGAGAUAUGAUCGCUUCUGUGCCAAAUCCCAGAGAAGUGUUUCGAAGCGAUGAAUUUCUUGUACAACUAGCACAACCAUCGACCGUUCGAUUUUCACCAUUCGAACAUGCACCUGUUGAAGAACGACGUGAAAGGUUUCGUGAAGCGAUAGCUCAGCGAAAACUCGCACUGGUAGACUUCGAGUCGUUUCCGUUUCUGUUCAACGGCGUUCUCUGUACUGCUCGAGGCCAUAUGGAUUCAAAUUUACUGACUGGUCGAGUGCAAUUUCGACUUAGUGAAGAAACAAAUACAGCACGUGAUGGGAACGAAACUUGGUCGCCUGAGCAAAUUAAUAAUCUACGAACUAUGGGUUUACCUUUGUGA